AGGAGGAUGUUUGUGAGUGAUUGGGUUUGGAUUUGCAGUGAUAAUGAAACACUUUUGGCACCAAGAACGAAGAAAACUUAUAAAACUUAAUGCAAACGCGAGUUAAGUUAAACGUUUAUUGGUCACGAUCAAACAGUGUAUAAAUAACAACACGUUUUCAAGUAAGGCAAACGAUAAUUUGGAAACCCCUAAAAUGCUGUUGGUAUCGAGGCAUGUGAGCUGUCGCGUUCUGCUAAUUGUAAUUGACAAACAAUGUGAACAUCGAAAAUUACCUGUGUAUUUACAAAUAAAACUGGCCGGGUUUUGAAACGCGUCUCGUAGCAUAAUUUCAAUGUGAUUAUGACAUCACAAUUGUAUUUUAACUUUUUUGCAUUGUAUUCAAAUUAUUUAUAAUAGCAUAUCGUGAGUUUUUGAUGUUUGAUGUCAUGGAAAACGGCAACCCGAAUACCCAAUCGAUUGCAAAGUUGGAGGGUUCAAAAAUUUUGACCCAAUCAAAUAAAGAUCCGUUGCUGUUGUUUUUUCUACGUAGAGCAAGCGUGGAAAUUAAGCAAUAUUCACAUGGUAACGAACCGAGUCAACAUUUACAAACUGGAAACACGAGCGCGAAAACCAAGUUCAACAAAAAAAAUGGAACUUGUCGUGCGGAUAACAUUUGUUGUCGUGACGUCGAAGGUCUUGAGACCAAUUCCACCGCAGGACAAAUGGUAAAAACUGGUUGCGGAAAUUUGGUAAGAAUUCCAGAUGAUGGACCAGGCAAAUCGCGCUUGAAAAAGAACACCCUUGACUUUGGGUUGACUGAUGUUACAACCUCGAAAGAAGAAAACACCAGAUCGAUUGUGGAUCCCGGAAGCAACUACGACUUCAAUUAUUUACUAGAAUUCAGAAGGCAUACUUUCUUCAGUAUUUACAAUUAGAAGAUAUUUUCAAAGAAACACAAUACAUUGUUGCAAAAUGUGAAGAAAAAUACAAAGACACUUGACAAAAAACUUGGUAUUGAUUGAAAUGAGGAACGGAUCACGAUUUCUGGGCAGUAACAUAUUGGUAGUGUUAGGCCGUAGAAACACGUCAACGAUGAUUUACAAAUUUCUCAAGAAACUGUAAAUGCGCAAUAUAAUAAGCAUUAAAAAAGCCGACAAUUGGACAAAUUCGAAGUUUGCAAUGCAUUGGUUCGUUUAAAACUUUGUCGCCAGUUUGCUCGACAACUAACCGCAAAUUUUCAUAUGAAAUGCUAUAAGCGGAUUGUAGAAUAAACUGGAAAAUGUCGAAAGGUUUUAUAUUUCUACAUGUCAUGUUGUAGUAGAUUGAAAAUCAAUGGUCAAUAGCAGCAGUGGUUGUCAACCUUUUAUGCGUGGUAACGGUAACAUUUAAUAAUAUGUACUCGCCGA